UACAGCUGUACUAGGCUUCAUGUAAGCUUAUUAUGACUGUAUUGUGUCUGGUGAUACUCACUCACCCCCUCUUUUCAGUUAUGGGCGAUAUGUGAACCUCUUCGGUGAACAGCUAUUGCUAGGCUUGCUAUGUUUACUUUGACCCAAAGGCAAGCAAAGCAAUAAGCUUUCAAAAGUUUAUCAUCACGCACAAAAUCACGAAUCACAGUCAUAAUAUUCUUUCCUUAAGGCUUAAACAGCUUUCAAGUUUGGUACCACCGACUCAGAUGUCGAAACCUUUUGUUAGGGAGCGUGGACUGGGAUCUUUCUAUUUAUGGAUUUCUUGUGUUCUUGUUCGUCGAUGCUUGUGGUGGUGGCACAAGCUGGAUGGCAUUUCAUAUGCAAAGCUGGAUCAUGUUUUCUAUCUACUGGCCAGCUAAGCAUAGGUACUUUCCUUUUUCUUUUUUUCUUUUGGCUCAGCCCUGCAUUAAUGAAAUGUUUCUCUACAUGAAGAUCUUACUCAGAAACGCUAUGCGCUGACUACUCUUCCAUAAGGCGUAACAAGUCCUUCAUUAUUACCUAAAUCUAUGCCAAACAAUCAUUCCAUCAUGGCCUUAUUCAAAUCAUGCGAAGUUGCUGGUGACAAUUCCAAAUCUUCCUUCCUCCUUGAACAGAGUUUCACAUCUCCCUGCCUCUCCUGAAAGCUCCGAACCCUGCCCUCACACAGCACUGAAAACAAUAACGGAUAACCUCAAUUGACCUCCUUGGCAUUAUACAUGCCAAGAAGACAUCCUCUCCUUACCUAAGCUGAGUCGCUGACUACUAGGUAGUCCUAUGCUCUUGCCAAAGUCAAAUCAAUUCUACCUUAAGUCUCGCACCGUAUAACAAAAGUUCGAAGAGCUUUAACCAAUAAUGUGGCAACGAACAUGGAGAAGCCCAAACCAGUUUUACUACAUUUUAGACCGCGGACUUAGUAAGUAUCUGGUCAUGAGAUGUGCAGUCAACCAGCAUCGACCAUUAACUGAGUGACACGAAACUUGCUUGAGAUGCUCUACGCAGCAGGUAGUAUGGCAAAUAAAGCUUGUGGAAUCAUCAAAAUUGGAAAGACCAACCCAAUUGUCUACAUCUAUUCCCAAAAGCGAUGGUUUCCUCACGCACACUCCAUCAAUGCAAGCAUGUUGAAUAUCCUCAAAACUAUUGCUAUUCCCGCUCUUUUACCCAAGAUUGUUAUUUUCUUCACGAAAUCGUCACUUAUAAGAGGUUAUAUUAUCCAUCCCCAGGCAGUUGAAGUAACAUCCUAAGAAACACCGACUACCUAAUUAUCCAUAGCUGUUCAGCAUGUCAUAUAUCCACCAACAACGACCCUAUUUUCGCCGCCACAACCAACUCAUUGCACACCAUUCCCCAGCAUCCUCUCAGCCUACAACAAACAAAUUGAACCGACCACACGCGAUGCAUCCCAAUCUUCAAAAGCUAAGAAUAGACCCACCGGUCCUCCUGCUACUUAUCCUCUGUAUUGUCGCCUUACUCCUCUGGCUUUCGUAUGGGAUGUACAUCUCGGUAACGUGGUAUAUCCAUAGGUUACAUACAGUCAAAUAUGGCUUGGAGGAGAACAUGAACCCAGACAUCCUGAUGGCUAGACUGCAUGGAAGAUCAUAUUCGAGCGAGGAGAUGGGAAGAAGAAAGUUCGGUCAGGCACUAAAAUGGUCUCACCCUCCUCCUACAGAAAAGGCAAAUGUCAAGAUAGAACAUGCUGGGACGGGGAAUGCUGGGGAUUUAUCAAGGCACCAGAGUAUAUCGAGUGGAAGUACACUGAUCAUGUUGGGAGACAACUGCAGGAGAACUCAGAGCUUUGGAAGCCGAAGACAGAGCGCUGUAUGAAAAGGGUGAAGGGAUUUUAUAGAAGGAUAGGAUGAAAGUGCUGACUUGGGCCAUACAUGUUUACUUUGAACUUUUGAGUCUCGGUAUCAUGUCAUUCUCCAAAAAAUGGUGGG